UGAUCGGUUUGGGUGUGGAGGUAAACGCACUGGUCAGUUUUUCACCGAACACGUUCCCGACGAUGUCUCGACCCAGAAGAGCGGACAAGGUGGACUCUCUGGUGGGCUUCAGGCAGGACGAGCCGGAGCCCAGCGUCCCCUACGGUCUGCUGAAGGCAGCGAGGGCGAGUGGUCAGCUCAACCUGUGCGGCCGAGGGCUCACUGAAGUCCCUCAGAACGUGUACCGUCUAAACAUUGACACACCAGAGGAGGCGCAGCAGAACGUCGGUUUCGGAGCAUCAGACCGCUGGUGGGAACAGACUGACCUCACCAAACUUCUGCUCUCAUCCAAUCAGCUCACACAGCUAUCAGAUGACAUUCGACUACUACCUGGACUCACUACACUGGAUCUCCAUGACAACCAGCUGAACAAUUUACCGAGCGCUCUUGGAGAACUGCAGGAGCUGCAGCAGCUGAGACUCAGUCAUAACCAGCUGACAGCAGUGCUGGUUGAGGUGUGUACUCUGAAGAACCUCCGUAGCCUCACAUUGCAGGAGAACCUGCUGGAGAACCUUCCAGAGGAACUGGGGCAACUGGAGAACCUGACUGAGCUGGACCUCUCCAACAACCAUCUGAAGGAGCUGCCGUCCAGCCUGGGUCGUCUCACAUCCCUGCAGAAACUGAACCUGUGUAACAACAAGCUCAGCUGUCUGCCCCACAGUCUGGCCAGGCUCUCAAGUUUAAAACUGUUGGACUGCAGCAAAAACCAGCUGACUGACAUCCCUGCCAGCCUAUCAGAAAUGCUCGCCCUGGAGCAGCUCUACCUCCGACACAACAAGCUCUGCUUCUUACCAAAGCUCCCUGCACCUGCGCUCAAGGAGUUGUAUGUUGGGAACAAUCAGAUCGAGCAUUUGGAGACAGAUCAGCUGGCCUGCCUGGCAGCCAUCUCUCUUCUGGAGCUCCGAGACAACAAGAUCAAAACCCUCCCUGAACAGAUCACCUUACUGAGCACGCUCACACGCCUUGACCUCACCAACAAUGAUCUCAUCACUCUUCCAGCGUCACUCAGCCUACUGCCCAAUCUGAAGGUGUUACUGUUGGAAGGAAACCCCCUGCGAGGAAUCAGGAGAGACCUACUCGCUAAAGGAACCAAUGAGCUUCUGAAAUAUUUAAGAGGAAGAAUUAAAGAUGAGCCCGAGAAACCAGAUGACGGACAAACUGCUAUGACGUUACCCAGCCAGGCUAGCGUCAAUGUACAUAGCAUCAAAACUCUCAAGGUAUUGGCAUACAGUGAGAAGCAGGCAGCUGAAAUUCCAGAUGAGCUAUUUGAUACUGCAGCAGAACAAGGGGUUUCCACUGUUAACUUCAGCAAGAACCAGCUGACCUCCAUACCUCCCAGGCUGGUGGAAUUGCACUCGUCACUCUCAGAUAUGAAUCUGGGUUUCAACAGACUGACCUGCUGUCCUCCUGACAUCUGCAAGUUACUGCAGCUGACACACAUCGACCUCAGGAACAAUCAGCUCAGUGAUUUAGCACCUGAUAUGAAGAACUUAACUAAACUACGCUCCAUUAUCCUCAAUUACAACAGGUUCAAGUCCUUCCCUGAAGUCCUCUAUCAGAUUGCAUCCUUGGAGACAGUGUUGCUUGGUAACAACCAGGUGGGUGGGGUGGACCCUAGUCGCCUGAUGAAGUUGGUUAAUCUGUCAACACUGGAUCUGUCAAACAAUGACCUGCUUAACAUCCCCCCUGAGCUGGGCCUCUGCUCCAGCCUCAGGUGUCUCAGUCUGGAGGGGAAUCCUUUCCGCACACCCAGAGCAGGCAUCGUGGCCAAAGGCACGGACGCAGUGUUGGAGUAUCUCUGCAGCCGCAUACCUACGUGAGCCCUGAGCUCAGACCGCUCCACCACCCACAUCAACACAGACAAUUGGACUUGAAGAUUCUCUCCUUUGUCAAUG